AUGGUGAAACAAGAACACAAGAUCCAAGUCAACACAAAGAAGGAAUCGCCCUCGUCUUCACCAUCUUCUUCUACUUCUUCGUCUUCGUCGUUGAGUAAGAUCAAGAACAAGAAGAACAGUAUCAAGAAGUACAAAGGAGUGAGGAUGAGAAGUUGGGGAUCAUGGGUGUCAGAGAUUAGGGCACCAAAUCAAAAGACAAGGAUUUGGUUAGGCUCUUACUCAACAGCUGAAGCAGCUGCUAGGGCUUACGAUGUUGCACUCUUGUGUCUCAAAGGUCCUCAAGCCAAUCUCAAUUUCCCUACUUCUUCUUCUUCCUAUUCUUCUUCCCAUCAUCUCUUAGAUGAAAAUACCGUUUUGUCCCCAAAAUCCAUCCAAAGAGUCGCCGCUCAAGCUGCCAAUAACUCAUCAUCUGACCUUUUUGCCCCUUCUUCUUCCACCUCUUCUUCAUCAGCUGCCUCGUCGCCGUCUGAUCAUGAUCAGCCUCAUGAUGAUAAUGAUAAUGAUGAUGAUGGGAUGCAAUCUUUGAUAGGGUCUUUCGUGGACAGUCAUGUGUCUUUGAUAGAUCCAUCAUCAGUAUGGUAUGAUGAUCAUCAUAAUGGGAUGUUCUUCGAUGAUGGAGCUCCGUUUGAUUACUCUUCUCAAUUAAACUCGACGACGAGUGAGUACUUCUACGAAGAUGCUGACAUUCCUCUUUGGAGUUUUAGUUGA